UUAGCAAAUCCAGUCACAAAUGCCAACAAUGGAAAUCACACACAAAUACCACUAAAUUCCACAAAAGCACCACAAGUAAUCCUAAUGCUAACUUGACAAAACAAAACACUUCCUCAUGCUCUCCACUUCCUUUACGAUCCUAAAAUAAAGCCAUUUCUCAUUAUCUCAUUUACUAUUUUUAGUACUACUACACAAAAACAAACUUUGAACAAAUCAUUCAAACAAACUAAAUUUAUCGUAAAACUUUGUAAAUUUCAAAUUCUGAAUCUGACCUGUUUCGAUACGUAGUAGUAGUAACAAAUAUGGCUUUGUGUGUGAUGGAUACAGCGCGAGCUUUAGCAUGUAGAGAUGGAACAGCAGCAACAAAUCUCAAACUCAUUUCGAUGUUCGUCAUUUUCUUCACUAGUGUAAUCGGAAUAACGUUGCCGGGUUUUUUAGCCCGGUUUUUAUUUCACGGCAAAACGGUUCACGAUAAAGCGAUUUUAAUAAUCAAAUGCUUCGCCGCCGGCGUAAUUCUCUCCACCUCGCUUGUUCACGUUCUUCCCGAUGCAUUCACUGCACUUUCCGAUUGUCAAGUUUCUUCCCGUCAUCCAUGGAAGGAUUUUCCGUUUUCCGGUCUGGUAACUUUGAUCGGCGUAUUAACGGCGUUGUUAGUCGAUUUGACGGCGACUUCUCAUGUGGAAAGUCAUCAGAAUGAGGCCGAAGGAUAUGCGGCAGUUGGGAAUAGUGAAGAAUUAGGGAUUUUGAGUAAGAAAAUUGACGUUGAACAGCAACAGAGAGAAGCAGAGGAAUUGGUGAAAUUGAAGCAGAAAUUAGUAUCGCAAGUUUUGGAAAUUGGGAUAAUUUUUCAUUCUGUUAUAAUUGGUGUGACUUUAGGGAUGUCGCAGAAUCAGUGUACGAUUAGACCUCUUGUGGCUGCACUAUCUUUUCAUCAGAUUUUUGAAGGGAUGGGUCUUGGAGGUUGUAUCGCUCAGGCAGGAUUUAGCUUUGGAACAACAGCAUAUAUGAGCUUCAUGUUCUCAGUGACAACACCAAUGGGUAUAGUAUUGGGGAUGAUAGUUUUCUCAAUAACAGGAUAUGAUGAUACAAGCCCAAAUGCAUUAAUCCUUGAAGGUUUAUUGGGAUCUUUAUCUUCUGGUAUACUAAUAUACAUGGCCCUAGUUGAUCUUAUUGCUCUUGAUUUCUUUCACAACAAAUUGAUGAGUGGCCAACCAUUCUUGAAAAAAGUAUCUUUUAUAGUUCUUGUUCUUGGAUCUACAUCCAUGUCAAUCCUAGCUCUUUGGGCUUGAAAAAAUAUAGUGCAAUUUAAUAAACUUGUGUAUCCUUUGCUACUUGAAACAUGUAUUCAAUGUAAUUUCAUAAGCAGGGUUUGUGAAGGUUAUAGUAUACACAGAU